ACCGCCUAUAAACCACAGAGGAAGACGAGCACGAGGCGCUAGCAGUGUUAGCUUGUUAACAGGCUAGCAGCGUUAGCUUGUGUUGAGAGGCCGGUGGUGUUUUGUUGGGACGUUUGUGAGGUUUUUGCACAGAAAUGACGAUACGUGGUUCAUGUGGGAACUCUCAGCAUUUUCCUAAGUGUCGUAAAUGAGUGAAGAAGUGUUGAACGGAAAGACAACGUGGAUUGCUGUGAUUGUAAGACGAGUAGGCAGCAGAUGAUCGGAGCUGCAGUGAAGAGGACGGCGGUGUUUGUGGGAGUUGGAGCUGAAGAUCGGAGCAGGAACCAUGUCUUCAGAACAUCAGGAAGGUUCUGUCAGAGAACAACUUUCUGCUGCUGAAGGAACCAUCGUCCAGAACGAGGAGGAGCUCUGUCGUCACCGCAGACCGCUGGAUGUCAGCUGGAACCCGCAGCUUCAGCUACACAUUGCAGUUUUCCCCCAGCAUUGGGUAAAUGAAGAGGAAGAUAUCUGGAAACAGCAAAACUUCAGAGUGGAACAUGAGGAACCUCCACAGUUUAAAGAGGAGCUGCAGAAACCAGAAUUUCUACAGAUUAAAGAGGAGCUGCAGGAACCAGAACCUCCACAGAUUAAAGAGGAGCAGGAAGAUCCAGAACCUCGACACAUUAAAGAGGAACGAGAGGAAUCAGAGCCUCCACAGAUUAAAGAAGAGAAACUAGAAGAACCACAACCUCUUCUGACAAAGGAGGAGCAAAAAGGGUUCCGCAUCAGUCAGGAUGAAGAGCAGCUGGAUCUGAAGCAGGAGACUGAUACCUUGAUGGAGAUUCCUACUUAUGAGGAAGAUGAGAACAGUGAAGCAGAUCGAAGCAAUCAGCAGAGCUUUAAUGUAACUGAUUGCCAGGAUGACGAAGGAAACCAACAUGAAGAAUCAACAUCAACAACAGAUGAAGAGACAGACCCACAGAACAGAGAUCAGAGGAAGAGAAGAGACAGAAGACAUGUCCAACAUGUGGACAGCUCUCACAAGUCAGCAAGUCAGUGUGACUCUAAAGUUAGACAAAAUUUCAAGAUGGAUAAUUUGGGUAGUAAAAGCAAACAAUCCCCAAGAGAAAAUAGACUUUCCUCUAUCAAGUCUGGUAAGAGAACAAUUGCACACAAUGUUUCUGUCCACAAGAGAACCGAGUCUGAUGAAAAUCCUUAUGUCUGUAAGGAAUGUGACAAAAGUUUUGGGUACUGGUCUAAGUUCCGAAUUCACACGAGAACUCACACAGGAGAGAAGCCAUUUACGUGUAACAAAUGUUACAAAAAUUUUAGUCAAAGAUAUCAUCUCAAAUCACACAUGAAAACUCACACAGGAGAGAAGCAUUUGUCUUGUAAGGAAUGUGAUAAAAGUUUUAUUAGUAAUCAUAAUUUCAAAAUACACAUGAGAACUCACACAGGUGAGAAGCCUUUUUCGUGUAAAGAAUGUGAAAAAAGUUUUAUUAAUAAUUAUAAUUUUAAAAUACAUAUGAGAACUCAUACAGGUGAGAAGCCUUUUUCGUGUCAAGAAUGUGACAAAGGUUUUACUCGAAUAUCUAGUCUGAAAAGACACUUGAAAACUCACACAGGAGAUAAGCCUUUUUCUUGUAACGAUUGUGAUAAAAGUUUUGGUCUUGUAUCAAGUCUCAAAAGACACAUGAGAACUCACACAGGAGAAAAGCCUUUUUUAUGUAAAGAAUGUAAUAAAGGUUUUAGUGAUGUGUCUAGUCUCAAAAGACACAUGAGAACAUGUGAGAAUACAGGAGAGAAGCCUUUUUCUACACAAAAAUUGUAAUGAAGAAUGAAGUUAAAUUUUGCUACUUAAAAAAAGGAAAGAAAAACUAACAGCGUUGGACUUGUGAAGAAAAGACAUUAAUGCUUUUAAUGGGAAGGAAGAAAUAUUGUGAAAAGGUUACCCCCCCCCUUUUUUUAAAAAAUAGGCUGGAAAUUUACGAAGAACUACUAGGUUGAUGUCAUGAAAUGGGCAGCAGUCCCAUUGAGCGAAAAGCGGUGCCUCAGAGAUCAAGCCGUCUUACUUCCAAGCUGUAAAAAUAACUCAUAUUUUAUUUAAAAUGCCCUGAGUGUGCCAAAGGUUAACAUAUAUAUGGAUAUGUAGUUUACCCUGAAAGGCCUAAGGAUGGCAUGAUAUUGGCUCUCUCACUUGGUAGAAUAAAAUAGAUUCGAAAGCACUUUACACUACAGUCUACAGACAAGCUGUCAACAAUUUUAUUUUCCAACAAAACGACCAGGAUGUUACUGUUUGAUCAACCAGCAAAGUCUGACCUGAACCCAAUAAAAAAAAAUCUAUGAAGGGUUGUGAAGAGGAAGAUGAGACAGCAGAUCCAACAAUGAAGUUGACCUGAAGUCAACUAUCAAUGCAACCUGAACUUUCAUUACAUGAACACAGAGCCACAGGUUGAUGGCCUCCAUACCACAUCAACGCAGCCAUUCAAAUUAAAGGAGGCACAGGUGAUUAUUGAAUGCAUAGAAAGCAACAGUUUUCUGAACUCUGACAUGGGUGCUGAAAACAUCCUUUUUUUUAUCUUCUGAUAUAAUGUAAUAAUUUUCAAAUUUUCUAUUUUUUAGGUUUUCAUAAUCUAUAAGCCACAAUAAUGACAUUGAUAAAAAAUAAUGGAUGAAUACAUUUCAUUUGUAAUAAUUCUGUACAUUAUGAGUUUGGCUUUUUGUAUUGAUUGACAAAAAUAUUUAAGUUGUUCUUGAAAUUUCUUUUUUUACACAUCUAUAAAUAGAAAUAUGUUGUUUUCUAUUUUGACCGUAAGAUUGAAUGGUUGUAAUUCAUGAUGAGACAAGGUUGUCUAAUUCUGUGUGUUACCAUGACAACACUAGAAUUAUUUUUACAUGUCCCUAAAUCUAACAUUUUAUGUAAUUCGUGAACAUUUCAAUAGUGUUUUAAAACAAAAUAAUUGCAGUUUAUAUUUUGUUGAGCCAUCUUAUCAAAUAACAGUUUUGUGAAGGUAACAUUUUAAAAAUAUACCGUAUUAAGGAAGAGGCAGAUAAAGACCAGACUGGUGUUUCUGUCUGGUGUUCUUGUGAUUUAUGUUUUCUAGUAGACAUUAGAACUGUUCCUCUGUUCUGUUUAGUUCUCAGUGUUCUGUUCUAAUCUUUACUGUGAAGAAUAAAGUGGACGUGAACAUCA